AUGCAGGAUUUUGGUGUAUUAACUGCAAACAAUGAAAUUUGUACAACUAGUUCAAUGUGUGCUAAGGAAAUUUAUCAAAACAAAAAUUAUCUGUUAAAGGAUGGAGUCCUAAUAACCUCUGCGUAUUUAACUUCUGCCGGAGAUUCUAUACACAACUACAAUUUACCGAUUGGAUUCGUACCUGUGUUGGCUGUUGUUGUUAAUGAUGGAAAGACUACUGGAAUGAUUCACACUGCGAGAGCAGGAUUAACUUCUUUAAAGGAAGCAGAACAUUUUUUUGCUCUUGGUACAGAAGACUGGAGAAACUCUUGUUUUAACGCCACACAAUUUGCUUUUGAAUUUUGUAAAAGAAAAUUGAUCCCUUGGAAUGUGAAGGAUGAUGAACGAUUUUAUUUUCUUUAUGAUCCACCUGACCUUGAACGUAAAGGGAGUAGUGCUGGAAUUCCACUUUUGAUUGCAGUUUUAUCUAAAAUUUUGAAUAGAAAACCGGCAAAUGGUGAAAAAUUUUUAAAAUAUUUUUUCGUUAAAAAUAAAAUUUCUAGUAAAAUUUUUCGAUAA